UGCAACUAUGUCACUUCUUCUCCUUUUCAGCAACAUGCACUGAUUUAAGGUCAUAAUCCAUGACAUGGCUCUAUUUGCUGCCGUGACACGGACACGCGGCUGAUCCGGAUUUGCGCGUUAUCGUUGUUCCCGCAACAAAUUCCUGCGACUCCGAGCGAAGCUGAAGCUCUCAGGUGGCUUAAUAAAAUGGCUUCAGAAAUAUUAAGGAAGGAGCCAUCAGUGUGCCGGAGAAUGGAGAGGAUUAAGUGAUGGAGAAACGAAAGGAAAGCCUUGCAGAUGAGCAGGCCUCCAGCGCUCCAGAGCGGGGACUCCUUCAUAUCUGGCGCCCGUCGGGUUACAGCGAGCAGCUAUGCCCAGAGAGAGUGCUGCUGUCCAGGCCUGUUCUGCAGGUCUCCCUGGGAGAACACCACGGCCUCCUGCUCACACAGGGAGGACAGGUGUAUUCGUUCGGAGAGCUUUUAUGGAGGAACGAGAGCAUCCCAGUGUCCGCCCCGGUGCUGGAGGUCUCCCUGCUGGAGAAGACAGUGGUCCAUGUCGCUGCUGGGGGCUUCCACUGCGGCGCGCUGACCGAGCAGGGUGGGGUCUACAUGUGGGGGGAGAAUACAGCAGGGCAGUGUGGAAUGACUGAGCGGGGCGCAGCCACAAACAUCACAGUUCCAGAGCCGUGCGCCGUCAGUGUGGUGGACAGCGAGGCAAAUCCUCCGGUGGUGGUUCGGAUCAUGGAGCUGGCCUGUGGACGGGAGCACAGCCUGGCUCUUUCAACCCAGCAUGAGCUGUGGGCCUGGGGAAGUGGCUGCCAGCUCGGCCUGGUCACCAGCACCUUCCCGGUGUGGAGGCCUCAGAAGGUGGAGCAUCUGGCAGGCAGACACGUGAUUCAGGUGGCUUGUGGCGCAUACCACAGCCUGGCCGUGGUCCGCAGUUUAACCGCGCAGGAGAACAUUACCCACAAUCCUUUGAAGAGGAGAGAGCGGAGCCAGUCUCCUCACCCUCUCCUCUUAGGGUCCGAGGAGCUUUCUGCCACCGACGAUGCUCACUACUGUCCGCUUGGCGUGGAGCUGACUGAAGCUAUUAAACUGGAGAAUUCUCCCCGAAGACACGGACUCAGACAGAGGCUCCAACUUAAGGGAAGGUCCGCUGGCAGCAGCCCCGGCUCUGGGGACAGUUCAUGCCAGUUGUCUGGAGAUGAAAAAUCUUCCCCUAAACAGAAAAAUCAUCCUGUUGGCACCAAGCUCGACGUGCAGACCGACUCUAGAAGUCAUGUCGGCAGAAGCCUGCAGUCAGGCUGGAGACCCAACAAGUCCUCGGCCUUCUCCGACGAGCAGCAGCUUCAGAACAUCCUGAAGAAACUCUCUGCUCACUCACUGGAGACGCAGCAACCGCAAACAGGAAGCGGAGAUUCCGACUCGCUGAGCAGCCACACUUCAGAUGACAGUCUUGUUUCCUCAACUCAUUCCUCGGAUCUGUUGUCCUCGAGUUAUAAAGACGACUUCACCAUGAGUCAACAAACCAACAAUAACAGCGGCUCAUACUCAUCUUCUCCGGUGUGUUUGGACGAAGUCCGCCUCUGUCUGGAGCAGGAGAAGCAGGCGCUGCAGAGGCAGAAGAGCGUCAGUCUCACAAACAUUCACCAGAAGAGGAAUACGCCCUCAAAGAGUCGACGCUCGCAUCCAGGAACGCCUCCCCAUGGAUCUCCUCGUACACGACCCUGUGCCUGCAGGCCCUCCUCUGCAGGUCGAGGUCAGACCGCGACUCCCGAGGAGGCAGUGGACCGGCUCCCGUCUCUGGAGACAGAGGUGUGGAGCUGGGGCCGCGGAUCAGAGGGACAGCUCGGCCAUGGAGACCACCUCGCCAGACUUCAGCCUCUGUGUAUCAAGUCUCUCACAGGAGAAGAAGUGAUCAGAGUCGCUGCAGGCUCACACCAUUCGCUGGCUCUCACCGCUCAGUGCCAGGUGUACACGUGGGGUAGCAACAUGUGCGGACAGCUGGGUCAUGUCAACAGUCCCGUGACUGUGCCUCAACAGGUUAAGCUGUCCGAUGAUCUUCGCAUCUGGGACGUGUCGGCCGGCCAGAGCCACUCCCUCCUCCUCGCCGACGGAGACUGCGUUCAGCCGGUGCUGUUGUACUGCGGCCAGCAGCAGGAUCCAGAGCGGAGUGGGACGUCAGUUCAGAGCCAGAGCUCGCGCCAGAGGUCACCCAACAGAGCGGAGAGCUACACAGUCAGACCCACCCUGCUGCAGUCCUGCAUUGAGAUGGGCUACAUCAGCAGCGUGAGCAGCGGCGGUCGGCGCUGUGCGGUGCUGGAGGACCACAACGUCAGGGGUUUCAUCUCCGCCAUCCACGAGCUGGCCUCCAGAGAGAGGCAGCUCUUCUGCUGGUCGAGUCGGGUCAGGACGACCCUUCUCACGCCACUCCGCAACAGAGAGAGCAUCUCUCCAGCGUUGGGGGAGCAGUGCACUCAUCUCUUCUUCUCCCUCUGUGAGAGCUUCCUUCACCUGAGCACCCUGAUCGGUCGGCACGCCGCGUCGCUCUCCGACUUCCUGCGGGACAUUCAGCGCUGUGACGUCACCUUGCUACCCCUGCUGACACACACCGACCGCUUCCAGGACUCGUACAGGAAGUAUUGCUCUGCAGUUGGUGACUUCCAGGUCAUGGGUGGAUUCCAGCCUCUUCAGAAACUUGCACUGGACUGUUUGGGUCACAAACACACUCUGCUCGCCGAGCUGUGCGGAUCGAGCCCGUCUGGUAAAGCCGACGUGGAUCUGGUGUCGAUAUUGUACUGGCCUCUGCAGCAGCUUCACCACUACAACCAAAUCCUCCUCAAACUGGCAGCCUGCUAUGAUGUGCUAACUGUGGAGUAUCAGUUCCUCCACCAGGGAUGCAGUAAUUAUGAGUCCCUGUCUCUUUCACUGCUGAGGAGGAAGAGGGAGGCUGAAAUCACCCUGCAGUUCUGGAAGAGUCACUCUGGGAAAACUGCUGAAGUGCUGCGUCUCCCACGGCGCCGUGUGGUGUGUGAAAGCAGCAACAGAUCUCUGACCCUGCAGAACGCCGGGCGCUUCUCCAACCACUGGUUCAUACUGUUCAAUGAUGCACUGGUGCACACACAGGGUGCCAUUCCCUCUCAGAAUUUUUUCACCACGCAUCACGUCUACCCUCUGGCCAGCUUGUGGGUGAAACCAGUUACAGAGGACGGCGGCGGACUUCACGCCAUCAAAAUAACGUGUCCAGAGGAGAGUUUCACCGUAGUGGCCUCGACGCCACAAGAGAAGAACAAGUGGCUGCGGUCUCUCACCCAGGCGGUGGAUCAGGCGCUGGGAGGCGGGGGUCAGGGGUCAGCGCGUGGGGAGACAGCCAUGUCCCGCACGGUCUCCCACACAUUCAUCGCAGAUGAGCGGCUCAAAGGCGCUCAGUACAGCGGCGGCUGGCUGGCGGGACGGAUUCAUGGCAGAGGCACCAUGAAGUGGCCAGAUGGUCGGACGUACCACGGGAACUUUAAGAAUGGACUGGAGGAUGGUUAUGGAAGCUUUGUGGAACCUAACAAAGUGCUGAACAAACCAGAUAGCUACCAGGGCCAGUGGAGAGAGGGGAAGAUUCACGGCUUCGGCAAAUACAAGUAUGCCAGCGGCGAGGUGUACGAGGGCUGCUUCUAUGAGGGCCAGCGUCACGGUUAUGGCAUGCUGAGCUCCGGUAAACUGCUGCGGAGCUCCUCCAGCUUCUUCAUCGGCCAGUGGGUCCAUGGCAGGAAGACGGGAUACGGCGUCCACGAGGACAUCACCAGAGGUGAGAAGUACAUGGGGAUGUGGCAGGACGACCAGCGUCAUGGCAGCGCCGUGGUGGUCACCCAGCACGGCGUUUACUAUGAGGGGACUUUCAAAGAGAACAAGAUGAGUGGUUCCGGCCGGCUGGUGUCAGAGGACGACACGGUUUUUCACGGAGAGUUUUCUGAUGACUGGACUGUCAGUGGGAAGGGAGUUCUGUGCUUGCCAAAUGGAGAUUGUCUGAAAGGCCAGUUCACCGGAGAGUGGAACACGGGGCUGAACGUGGUUGGACUGUACACCAAACCGGGGAUUGAUGAACCUGAUAAAAAAGAGCAAAACAGCCUCGCCAGGUUGGGUCAAUACGCGGUUCCCUCGCCUCAGAGGUGGAUGUGUGUGUUUGAAGAGUGCUGGAGUCGGCUGGGCUGCGACGCUCCGGGCCGCGGAGAGAGGAGCACGGCCUGGGAAAACAUCGCCGUCUCAAUAACAAGUGCACGCCGCCAGAGCCCAGAUCUCAGCAGGUCUCAGAGCAAACUGCUGGAGAGUUUGGAGUUCAUUCCCCAGUGCGGACAACCGGUCAACACUGCCAACUAUGACAACAUUCGGAGAUACCUCACCAAGGCAUGUGAGACCCUCCACCACCCUCUGGGCUGGCUGGUGGAGACGCUGGUGACGGCCUACAGGAUGACCUACGUGGGUGUGGGAUCAAACCGCAGGCUGCUCCGGCAGGCCGUGGAGGAGGUGCAGUCCUACCUCACACACCUCUACAGCAUCAUCAGGUUCCUCUUCCCAGAGUUACCAGAAGAUGGCGACAUCAUCCCAGAACCCUCAAACUCCUCACUGGAAAACAGAAACAUCUUCAGUAACGAAGGGGUUCUGGUGCUGAGCCGCUCCGCCCUGCUGCUCCCUCUGCUGCUGCCGCGGCUCUACCCGCCGCUCUUCACCCUCUACUGCCUGCAGGAGGAGCAGGAGGAGAGUCGCUACUGGGAGCGCAUCCUCCGCCUCAACAAGCAGCCCGACCACUCGCUGCUCGGCUCGCUGGGAGUGCCGGAAAAGUUCUGGCCUCUGUCGAUAUCAGUUCUGGGGGAAAAGAAAGAAAUUGCCUCCAGCAGUAAAGAUCUCUGUUUUCUUUCUGCUUUAGAGACUCUCCAACAAAUCAGCACCACGUUCACUCCUUCAGACAAGCUGAUGGUCAUCAAGAAGACCUUUGAGGAGCUGACCCAGGAGGUCAGACGCGUCCUGGAUGACAAAGUCAUGUGGUGCAUGGACGAUUUGUUCCCGCUCUUCCUUUACGUGGUGCUCCGAGCGAGGAUCAGAAACCUGGGAGCUGAGGUCUGCCUCAUCGAGGACUUGAUGGAUCCAAAUAUUCAGCAUGGAGAGUUGGGACUGAUGCUCACAACACUAAAGGCGUGCUACUUCCAGAUCCAGCUCGAGUCGACGACCUGACAGCAGAGAGGACAACACUAAAACACUCCUCAGAGUAACCCAGUGGCUGUGGAGGUUUCACACUCACGCCUCAGAUCACACACCCCAUGGCUGAGAGCUGGUGUAACUGGAAAGUCAGACAUCGCCAUCCUGUGGAGGAUCGACAAAACUACAUUUCUUCACAGCGUUACAAUCUGCUGACAGAAAGUUUCAACAUGCACUUUGUAGCACGUCAGUUUUUAUUUCACAGUUUGAAUAAUGAGAACAUAUAGGAUGAACUCCGAGAGCUGUGGCUCUGGAUGUUUUCUGUUUUCACUCCUAAAGGGAGAUAACUCGGUCACAGGUUACAUGAGAACACAUUUUUAAAAGGAUUCAAACACUUUAAAGGGCUAAUAGUGAUCUAAUACUGUAAAUCCUCUAAUGAACAAACACUCCGCAAAGGGAAUUUAUCAAGGUUGUCAAGUCGUGAUUGUUUUCUCAUUUCACAAAGAAACCACCCAAGGAAAAAUAUUUUUAAUAGGACAUAAUUAUUAUAGGAUUUAGAAGUAAUUAUACUGCUGAUAAACUCUGCGUUGUGGAGGAUUGGAAACAGUUUAAUUUAACCUUCAUCAAGCUGUUGGCUUUAAAAUGAAAGUGACAGAAACACACUCCGUUGGCUUCAGGAGACAAAAACAUUUCCCUGCAUCUGAACUUGAUUUUUAGCUUUUCACAGAUCGACGUGCGCACUUUGAUUUGUCUUCCUCCCGUCUCUUUUCGCUGAUGCCAGAGCAUCUGCAGGAAAUCCAGCUGGCAGCAGACUGAGCAGCGAUCGAUCCUUUGAUCAGCAGCUGCAGCAGCUGGAUGACAGACUGGGGGAGAGAUUUGACUUUUUUCCUCAGGAAAACACAACUUAGAUUGUGAGCAUGUCUCUCAAUUAGAUUAGAUCCAUUUAAUUAUUCAGUUGUGCGUCUAUAGUGCCAACAGCAGAGUACAUCUCGUAACAUUUCCCGUCUGCUAGUACAUGGAGAUGCAACGAUCCCUGCGCUGUCACUCCACUGUCAAAAAUAAAUGGAGGGAAUCAAAGACAGAAAGAGCGCAGACUGCAGGGGAGGGAAGCAAAACUAACUACGCAGUCAUGGUAUGUAAAUUUAUAGUUAGAAGAGAAAAUAGGGUCUAACCUACAAAUGACUGAGGCUUGAGCCCGAUCAUAAAGCUUAUCAAAUACCAAAUCCAACAAUAUAAACUGUUUGCCUCACUAAUUAUUUACUGUGAAAUCAGUAAAAUGCAGAGGUUCACUGUUUGAUCCUCAGGGACCAAACCCAAAGCAUCAGCUCACAAAGCUCCUCCAGUUUCCCUCUAAACUCUCCUUCGACACUGUUUUGCGCUCCAGUGCAGAACAUUAACCAGUCAUCUCAGGUGUGAAGCUCCAAAACUCAAAACCAGCUCGGUCCUUCUGUUGAGGACUCAAGAAAGAAAAGCUCCAUAUAAGAUAAAAAUAUAAAAUGCAAAGCAAUGAAGAGAAAGAAUCAAAUACUUUGACUUGACUGAAGAGAAUUUAUUAGCAAAGACUGAUAAGAUCAGUAUAAAUAAUUGUGUGUGUGUUAAAAAAUUAAAAAAAAAAGAAAAACAAGCACUUUGAAUUGUUUAAUCCUGACUGUGUCAAAUUCAGAAACACUCUUUCUUUUGAUAAUUCCUCUUUUUUAUCCCCUCUAAGCCCUUCAGGAUCUCUGUUUUUGCUUUAGUUUGGUUUUCACAGACUUUUAGUUACCUCAGAAAGAGAAUAGUUGCACACAUAUGUAGCUCAAAAGAAAGCAUUAGAUCAUGUGUCAAUGGGAUCAUUGCUUUUCUUCAACAGAUUAGCUCAAUUGUAAAAGAAUUUCAAACUGUAUUAUCUGUUGUCUCAUCUUAAAACAUUCCUGGUUUUAUAAAUUCAUUAGGAAUCUGAGGUCUCUUCAUAUUUUUGUAGGGUAUAUUUCACCUUAUAUUUGAUGAGACUAUAAUAUUAUUUUGAGUUACUUGAGAGAUUUUGGCGGCGUAAAGGGAUUUUCAUCGCCGGAUUCCUCAUAAUCAUUUCCCACAUGACUGAAAUCCCCUCAGCACUGCUUACAAAUGAUGCACGUCUUUGUGUGUUUUUGUUUAGUCUUAUUGCAUUGACCGCUAAAUGUGCACUGCCGUCUUGUUACCGUUGAUGAACGAACUGGAAACAGCUAAAGCUGCAAGGAACACUUACCAAAAAAAUAAGAGAAAAAUAUAAAGGUACUUUAAAAAUACACUUUAUCCUGUAACUUUACACUUUUUCCAUGUUACUGAAAAGUGUUUGUACUGUAUUUGUUGUUACGCGCGUUUGCAGAAUGUACUGAAUGCUCCUCACAAGGUGUAAAUUUCGUCACUUUAAAGUAUUUGCAUGUUUUGUUUUGUGAUGAAAUCACUGCGGUGUGAGGUGGGGCAGAUGUAACACAGGCUGCGCAUCUUCCCGACGGCUUGCUUUCUUUCAGGCGGCAGUCGGUAAAGAAUCAAUCGACCUAUUCGAAGGUUUCAAACUCACGGGGAGUAUUCGGUGUAUUGUUACUGCAUCCAUAAAGCCACUGCAGCCUCAAAGGAAGAAGAGCUCAGAGAAAGUGAGAUGUAAACUAAUGAGGUGAAACUUGUACAACCUCCGUCUCCCGGAGGUUUAAAUGAUUAUUUUUCUAACCAGUUGUUUAUUUUUGUAACUUCUUAACUUUAUAGGAAAAGGUGAUUGUUCGGGGGAAACUGAUAGCAGAAUAUUCACUAGUUUUGAUUGAGAUUGAAUGUAUAUUUGAUUAUUUACAAUAUAAAAAAAGGGCAAUAAAUUUGUUUUAAUUCUGGAAA